ACACCCAAAUAUAACACACAUAAAAUUUCCUUCUCCAAUUUCUUCCUUGGCCGCACCACCACUUCCCCCCACCCUCCUCGUCCUUCCGCCGCCAACCUCCGCCGUCAACACCGCCGUUCACCAACAUGGAAGCUCAAAAUUUAUCUUUUUCACUUUCCUCCACCAUACCCACUUCACAAAUUCAAAUCCAAAAAACCCCUUCCCUUCAAUUUUUACUGAGAACUAAAAAAAACCAUUCUUUAAACCUUAAAGGGAUUUUCUUGAAACCCCAUUUUUGUUUUUCACCUAAAAAUAAAAAAAUUGAGUGUAGGAAUUGUUUGCAGAGAGUUGAAAGUGAAGGUAGUACUGUUCUUGAUGAUGGUGUUAGUAAACAAGUUAGGAAGAAGAAGUUGGCAGUUUUUGUAUCUGGUGGUGGUUCUAAUUUUAAGUCUAUUUAUGAAGCUACUGCUGAUGGGAUUGUUCAUGGAGUAGUAGUUGUUUUAGUUACCAAUAAACUUGAUUGUGGAGGUGCAAAAUAUGCAAGGGAGCAAGGCAUCCCUCUUAUUUUGUUUCCUAAAGCGAAAGAUUCAUCUGAAGGUUGGUCGACGGAGGAUCUUGUGUAUGCUCUAAGAACCUGGAAUAUCGACUUCAUUCUUUUAGCCGGGUACUUAAAGCUUAUUCCUACUGAGUUGGUCCAAGCCUUUCCAAGAUCAAUAUUUAAUAUUCAUCCGUCGCUUCUUCCAGCUUUUGGAGGCAAAGGUUACUAUGGCAUGAAGGUGCAUAAAGCAGUCAUAGCUUCCGGAGCUAGGUAUUCUGGUCCAACAAUCCAUCACGUUGAUGAGCAUUAUGACACUGGACGUAUUCUUGCUCAAGGGGUCGUGCCUGUGCUGGCUAAUGACACAGCAGAAACACUUGCAGCAAGGGUUCUUCAGGAGGAGCAUAAACUCUACGUAGAAGUAGCCGCAGCAUUAUGUGAAGAGAGAGUCGUGUGGCGCCAAGAUGGUGUCCCUCUCAUUCGGAGCAAAGAAGAUCCUGACCACUACAAGUAGCCAAAUGCUUCAUAAACGAAGUCAGAUGUUGGCAACUCCACAGAUAGAAAGUAUCAUUACUGAGCUUUGUGCUGAUACGAACAUGCCUCGUGGAAGCCGUACCAACGUCCUUAGUUGUUCGAUUGACCAUUAUACCGGAGAAAAUUCAGCGCGCUUCAUGUUUUAGACGUAUGUUGUACCUCUAUAUAAGCAAGCUGUUGUACCAAUAUGUUAUGGCAACUUUUUUAUGUUUUCAUAUUUGAAAGAAAUAGCUUCUUGUUGCUGGAUAUUGAA